UUCCCGUUGCUUCUUCCCAGCGGCCACUCUUCCUCCUCAGCAGCCUCCUCCUCAUCCUCACUGCUCCAGCAGCAGCAGCAGCACAGCCCGGCGGCUCAGCGGCGCUUUGUAGCCUGACAGAGCGGCGACGUAGCAACAAUAGUGUCCGACAGAAGCUCCGCAGCCUCCCGGGUCUUGCUCCCUGUCCUCUUGCGGGGAGAAGAAUUAGGAAAAAAAAGCGCCUUUUGGGCUUCAGGAAAAAAGAAAAGGUGGUGGUGGAGAGGACUAGUCGGGCGUGGUAGCGAGGAGAAGAAAAAAAAACUCAUCUUUGUGGAGGAAAAACUUCAAAGUCACAAUGUCGCUGUCGGUACCGCAGAACGGAGUAAAGGCGGAUAACGAGCCCGUUAUCGAGCUGUUUGUGAAGGCGGGAAGUGAUGGCGAGAGCAUUGGGAACUGCCCCUUCUCUCAGAGACUCUUCAUGAUACUUUGGCUUAAGGGAGUUGUCUUCAACGUCACCACAGUGGACCUAAAGAGGAAGCCUGCAGACCUCCAGAACCUGGCCCCUGGCACACACCCGCCCUUCAUCACCUUCAACGGCGAGGUCAAAACUGAUGUCAACAAGAUCGAGGAGUUUCUUGAGGAUGUCCUCUGCCCACCCAAAUACAUCAAGCUUGGUGCAAGACAUCCUGAGUCAAACACAGCUGGUAUGGACAUCUUUGCCAAGUUUUCUGCAUACAUCAAGAACUCCAAACCCGAUGCAAAUGAGGGUCUGGAGCGUGGGCUGCUGAAGACACUGCAGAAGCUGGAUGAGUACCUCCGCUCACCGCUGCCUGAUGAGAUCGACCACAACAGCAUAGAAGACGUCAAAGUCUCCACUCGCAAAUUCUUGGAUGGAGAAGAGAUGACCCUGGCUGACUGUAACCUGCUGCCCAAGCUGCACAUAGUCAAGGUCGUGGCUAAGAAGUACAGAGGCUUCGACAUCCCCAAAGAGAUGACCUUCAUCUGGAAGUACCUGAACAACGCCUACACCCGCGAAGAGUUCACCAACACCUGCCCCAGUGACAAGGAGAUCGAGAUCGCCUACGGAGACGUAGCCAAGAGGCUGGUCAAAUAAGCUCCUCUCCCUCCAUCCCUCACCCCCACAACCCCUCCGCUAUACACUCCCCUCCACCUCCCCCUCCUCAGCACCAGGACUGAUGUGCUCAUUCAUGAGAAAGAAAAAAAACAAAAAACUCUGGACUUCUUUUCCUUCUCUCCUCAUCUAGAGCGAAACCCCCCCACCCCAAUGCAUGACCCCAUUCCUCGUCAUUCUAUUUUUUCCUCCGGUUUUUACGAAGAUCUCUUUAGUUGAACCAGCCACGGUCACCCUCGUUCCACCUCUUUAUCAUUAAUCGCUUUUGUUUUUUCAUUUGCCGAUGAAUGUUGCGAGGCGCCAUGAGAUGGCGAUGGAGAAGCAGCCAGACACGUGUAUCAGUGCUUAUCAAUGUCGGGAGCCUCGUCGAAUGCGCUCCCUGAUAAGUGACCUUCAAGCUGCCUUUCUCUCUGCACGCAGGGGAAAGGUCACGAGCUGUUCUUUUUUCUGUUGUCUGUUUAAACCUGAAGUAGCUCUUUCUUGGAUUGCUAUAAAGUGAACACUGAGAAGCUUUUUUUUCUGUCUUUUUGGCUUAUUAAGAGAUGUUGUAAACAGUGUUGAAGCUUCAGUGUUUUUUUUUUUUUUUGUUUUGGCUCCAGUAUUUGAUAGGUUUAAGUAGAAGCUGAAGGUAAUCCAAACCCGAGAGGUCGACAUAUCAAGUGAGAGAUGCUUUAUUUUAAUGUUGAGCUGUUUAAAAUAAAUCAAGAUAAUUGUAACUUGCAGGUGAAGCUACCUGGUAUCCAUGCUCUGAUUUCCUCGUCGACUCAAACGAGCAACAAGUCUUGUAGCUGAGCUCAGUAGAAUUGUAGGAACUUUCCUGUACCGACUGCGUAUGUAACAACUCAGGAACAAUACAACCUGAGGUCUAAGAAAUCGUCAACCACAUGUAGCUUACAGACGUGUUCAAGGAUGUGUCGAUUGGCCUUUUGUUAAUCACCGCAUUGCCAUAAAAAAAAAUGUCCAUUUAAACAAUGGCACGCUGACUCUUCUCUGGAGGGAGGGUCUUCUCUUUGCCGACUGUAGCCGUAGUUUGGAUUAAACAUCGUGGACCAAAAAGAGGGCACAUUAAUCUGGUUUCACUGUGGAUUGGACAACUCUGGUAGUAAAGUCGAGAAAAGAAACCACACACACUCACUUACUGCAUAACAUACAGAGGGAAGGACACUAAUGUGCACCAGGAGAAGCGACACUAAAGAUAUUUAUGACAAAAGGAAUCGAGAGCAGCAGCGAACCUGAUCAAAUUUCACCUUCUGUUCCGUAUGUAGACUGAUCUCCAAGGUAGCGAAUGUAUAUGCUAUGAUACAGUAGCUUCCAAAAGUGCUUUAGUGCGGACAAAGCAAAACCUGUUUUGUUUUCUCCCAUUUGCCAUGUUUUGUUUUUUUCAGACAUUUGUUAUGAAACAAAUCUGAUACAAAGGAAUUGUAAAUAUUUGUUUUUCAUUGCUCAGAUUUCAGUGUGUAAAUUUAAUGCAUUUCAUCAGAAUUUUGAGGGGAAAAUGGGCCAUUUCUUGCCUGCUUGGAUAUGAAUUCUAGAUACACCAUCUCCUCUUUGCCUUACUUGCUUUCUCUCUGCAGAUGUUUUGCAGGAAGGUAGUUUUUAUUUUAGAGAUCACUUCAUCACAACGUGAAUGUGGCGUUGUACAAAGAAAAUAUCCAAGCUAUGACAUGGCUUUUUUUUUAACAAUAUUGACUGAACUGAAAUAAACUUCUUAUUGGCACUCAGA